AUGAGUCACUACGCGUCGGUCAGCACGCCCAAAGCGGGCUCUCUCAAGGUUCCCACUGGGAUCUUCAUUAACAACGAGUGGUCACCCUCCUCCUCUGGCGAGACGUUCUCUACCGUCAACCCGGCCACGAACAAGCCUCUCCUGGAUAUCAGUCAUGCCACCAAGGAUGACGUCGAUCGGGCCGUCAAAGCUGCACGAAAGGCAUUCGAGACGACUUGGGCGAACAACGUGACCGCGGCAGAGCGAGGCAGACUUUUGUUCAAGCUCGCGGACCUUAUGGAGCGGGACACGGACAAGCUUGCAGCGGUGGAAAGUCUCAACACUGGUAAAGGCGUUCGCAUGGCCCGGACCGUAGAUCUCGCCGACUCGAUCGCCUGUCUCCGAUACUAUGCUGGACUCGCUGACAAGCUUCACGGGACCACCAUUGACAAUUAUGCGAAAGAAAAGUUCAUCUAUACGAUUCAACAACCGAUUGGAUACUUGUCUCCCCUCCGAGCUGACGGCAGCAUUCCAUGGAACUAUCCCAUCCAAAUGUGGGCAUGGAAGAUUGCCCCUGCCCUCGCAGCAGGCUGCUGUGUCGUCAUGAAGCCAUCCGAGCUCACGCCACUGACAGCGCUGAUGCUCUCCGACCUCGUGGCCGAGGCUGGUUUCCCACCCGGUGUCUUUAAUACUGUCCCGGGGCUCGGGGCGACGACGGGAGAUGCGAUAGCCAGGCAUGAUGACAUUGACAAGGUGGCAUUCACUGGAUCUGUCCUGACGGGACGCAAGAUCAGUAUCGCUGCUGCCGAGAGCAACCUAAAAAAGGUGACUCUCGAGCUCGGAGGGAAGAGCCCUAUAGUCAUCUUUGACUCGGCGGACGUGGAAGAGGCAGCAGACUGGGCAGCAUGUGCCAUCUGGUUCAACUCGGGGCAGGACUGCUGUGCGGGCAGUAGGGUCUACGUGCAACAAGGCGCAUAUGAGGGCUUCGUCAAAGCUCUUAAGGCACGAGCCGAGGCCACUGCCAUUGGUCAGCCCGAGGACGAAAAGACCUCGUUCGGGCCGCUCAUUUCCCAGCUCCAACGCGACAAAGUUCUCAGGUACAUCGACUCGGGCAAGGCAGAAGGCGCGACGGUCGUGACCGGGGGCAGGAAAUGGGCACCGGGGGGCGAAGGCUUCUGGAUCGAGCCAACUAUCCUCACCGACAUCAAGCAGGACAUGACGGUGAUUCGGGAAGAGAUCUUUGGGCCCGUCGUAUGCGUCUCUACCUUUGACGACGAGACGGAGGGCGUUGCCAUGGCCAAUAAUACGACUUAUGGUCUCGCUGCUGCAGUGUUCACCAAUGACACUCGCCAAGCCACGAGAGUCAGUCGAGCGCUAAAUGCCGGGACAGUCUGGAUCAACGAAUACAUGUUGGUGGACAAUGGCGCACCAUUUGGUGGAUUCAAGCAGAGUGGGAUAGGGAGAGAACUCGGAGUGAAUGGCAUGGAGACGUAUAUGCAGGUCAAGGCGGUGCAUCAGAAUCUGACCCAGACGAGUCCAUGGCCACUGUGA